GCGGGGGAUCGGCCGCCACCGCCCCCCGAAGGCGCUGGAGCCCGGACUCCCGCUCGGAGCCAGCCAGCUGUCCCGAGCUACAAGCAGGUUUUGCUGAAAACAGAUCCGUUCCAGGUGACUACACCUGCUUCCCAGGCCACGGCUGUGGGGAGCUUGAGGCAGAGCAGAGAAGUUUCUGUAUUCAGCUGCCCAGGCAGAGGAGAAUGGGGUCUCCACAGCCUGAAGAAUGAAGACACGACAGAAUAAAGACUCAAUGUCAAUGAGGAGUGGACGGAAGAAAGAGGCCCCUGGGCCCCGAGAAGAACUGAGAUCAAGGGGCCGGGCCUCCCCUGGAGGAGUCAGCACAUCCAGCAGUGAUGGCAAAGCUGAGAAGUCCAGGCAGACAGCCAAGAAGGCCCGGGUAGAGGAAGCUUCCACACCAAAAGUCACGAAGCAGGGCCGGAGUGAGGAGAUCUCAGAGAGUGAAAGUGAGGAGACGAAUGCACCAAAAAAGACCAAAACGGAGCAGGAGCUCCCUCGGCCACAGUCUCCCUCAGAUCUGGAUAGCUUGGAUGGGCGGAGCCUCAACGAUGAUGGCAGCAGUGACCCUAGGGAUAUAGACCAGGAUAACCGAAGCACAUCCCCCAGCAUCUACAGCCCUGGGAGUGUGGAGAAUGACUCCGAUUCAUCUUCUGGCUUGUCCCAGGGCCCAGCCCGCCCCUACCAUCCACCUCCACUCUUUCCUCCCUCCCCUCCACAACCAGACAGCACCCCCCGACAGCCAGAUCCUGGCUUUGAACCCCAUUCCUCUGUGACACCAACUGGRUAUCAUGCUCCCAUGGAGCCCCCCACUUCCCRRAUGUUCCAGGCUCCUCCUGGGGCCCCUCCCCCUCAUCCUCAGCUCUAUCCUGGGGGAGCUGGUGGAGUUUUAUCCGGACCCCCAAURGGUCCCAAAGGAGGAGGGGCUGCCUCUUCAGUGGGGGCCUCUAGCGGGGGUAAGCAGCACCCCCCACCCACAACCCCCAUUUCAAUAUCAAGCUCUGGAGCUAGUGGUGCUCCCCCAACAAAGCCACCUAAUACUCCAGUGGGUGGUGGAAAUCUAACCUCUGCUCCACCACCAGCCACUUUCCCUCAUGUGACACCAAAACUGCCUCCUCCACCACCUGCCCUGAGACCCCUCAACAACGCUUCAGCCUCUCCUCCUGGCCYAGGGGCCCAGCCACUCCCUGSACAUCUUCYCUSWSSUCAKGSCAUGGGUCAGGGCAUGGGUGGACUUCCUCCAGGCCCAGAAAAGGGCCCAACUCUGGCUCCCUCACCCCACCCUCUGCCUCCUGCUUYCUCCUCUUCUGCUCCAGCUCCCCCAAUGAGGUAUCCUUAUUCAUCCUCUAGCAGUAGCUCUGUGGCAGCCUCUUCUUCCACUUCUUCCUCCUCUUCCUCUGCUUCCCAGUACCCAGCUUCCCAGGCAUUGCCCAGUUAUCCCCACUCCUUCCCUCCCCCAACAAGUCUCUCUGUCUCCAAUCAGUCAUCCAAGUAUACUCAGCCUCCCCUCCCAUCCCAGGCUGUGUGGAGCCAGGGUCCCCCUCCACCUCCUCCCUAUGGUCGACUCUUGGCCAAUAGCAAUGCUCAUCCAAGCCCCUUCCCUACUUCUGGGGGCCAAUCCACUGCACCACCAGCUCCAACACAUCACCAUCACCACCACCAGCAGCAGCAGCAUGGAAGCUCUGGGCCCCCUCCACCUGGAGCAUAUCCCCACACCCUGGAGAGCAGUGGCUCCCACCAUGCACACCCUUACACCAUGUCUCCCUCCCUGGGGUCUCUGAGACCCUACCGGUCAGGGACAACACACCUGCCCCCACCUCACAGCCAGGUGUCCUACAGCCAAGGGCCCAAUGGCCCCCUAGUCUCCUCUUCCAACCCUUCCUCUUCUUCUCAAGGCACCUACCCAUGUUCGCAUCCUUCCCCUUCUCAGGGACCCCAAGGGGCAUCCUGCCCCUUCCCACUGGUGCCUCCUGUCACCACCUUCUCCGCUACUCUUUCCACAGUCAUUGCCACCGUGGCUUUCUCGCCAGUAGGCUUCAAAACAGCUUCCCUACCAGGGCCCCCACCCUAUGGCAAGAGAGCCUCGUCCCCCGGGGCCUACAAGACAGCCACCCCACCGGGAUACAAGCCCGGGUCACCACCUUCCUUCAGAACGGGGACCCCACCGGGCUUUCGAGGCACCUCCCCGCCAGCAGGCCCAGGGACCUUCAAGCCAGGCUCACCAACUGUGGCGUCUGGGCCCUUGCCACCUGCAGGGCCCUCAAGCCUAUCAUCUCUGCCGCCACCACCUGCGGCCCCUGCCUCAGGGCCACCCCUGAGUGCCACACAGAUCAAACAAGAGCCAACUGAGGAGUACGAGACCCCAGAGAGCCCCGUGCCCCCAGCCCGCAGCCCCUCGCCCCCUCCCAAGGUGGUAGAUGUGCCGAGCCACGCCAGUCAGUCUGCCAGGUUUAACAAACACCUAGACCGCGGCUUCAACUCGUGCGCGCGCAGCGACUUGUAUUUCGUGCCGCUGGAGGGCUCCAAGCUGGCCAAGAAGCGGGCCGACCUGGUGGAGAAGGUGCGGUGCGAGGCUGAACAGUGAACGCGGGAAGAAAAGGAGCACAAGCGGGAGCGGGAACGCGAAAAGGAGCGUGAGCGCGAGAAAGAGCGCGAGCUCGAACGCAGCGUGAAAUUGGCGCAGGAGGGCCGUGCUCCAGUGGAGUGCCCUUCUCUGGGCCCAGUGCCCCAUCGCCCUCCAUUUGAGCCUGGUAGUGCUGUAGCUACAGUGCCCCCCUACCUGGGUCCUGACACUCCAGCCCUGCGCACUCUCAGUGAAUAUGCCCGACCGUAUAUCAUGUCUCCUGGCAAUCGCAACCAUCCAUUCUACGUGCCGUUGGGGGCAGUGGACCCGGGGCUUCUGGGUUACAAUGUCCCAGCCCUAUACAGCAGUGACCCAGCUGCCCGGGAGAGGGAGCGGGAAGCCCGUGAACGAGAUCUCCGUGAUCGUCUCAAGCCUGGCUUCGAGGUGAAGCCAAGUGAGCUGGAACCCCUACAUGGGGUCCCUGGGCCAGGCCUGGAUCCCUUCCCCCGACAUGGGGGCCUGGCUCUGCAGCCUGGCCCUCCUGGCYUGCACCCUUUCCCUUUUCAUCCAAGCCUGGGGCCUCUGGAACGAGAACGUCUAGCGCUGGCAGCUGGGCCAGCCCUGCGGCCGGACAUGUCCUAUGCUGAACGGCUGGCAGCUGAGAGGCAACAUGCUGAAAGGGUGGCAGCCCUGGGCAAUGACCCACUGGCUCGGCUGCAGAUGCUCAAUGUGACCCCUCAUCACCACCAGCACUCUCACAUCCACUCUCACCUGCACCUGCACCAGCAGGAUGCCAUUCAUGCAGCCUCUGCCUCGGUGCACCCUCUCAUUGACCCCCUGGCCUCAGGGUCUCACCUUACCCGGAUUUCUUACCCAGCUGGGACCCUCCCUAACCCCCUUCUUCCUCACCCUCUGCACGAGAACGAAGUUCUUCGUCACCAGCUUUUUGCUGCCCCUUACCGGGACCUGCCAGCCUCCCUCUCUGCCCCGAUGUCUGCAGCUCAUCAGCUGCAGGCCAUGCACGCGCAGUCUGCUGAGCUGCAGCGCUUGGCGCUGGAACAGCAGCAGUGGCUGCAUGCCCAUCACCCGCUGCAGAGCAUGCCACUACCUGCCCAGGAGGACUACUACAGUCACCUGAAGAAAGAAAGUGACAAGCCACUGUAGAACCUUCGAUCAAGAGAACACCAUGGCUCCUACAUCUGAACCUUGAAGGACCCCCUCCUAGCUGCCACCCAGAGCCAAGGAGAGGGUGCUAUUCAAUUGCAGGGCCUCCACAGCUGGGCAGAGGGAGGGAGGAAAUAAGGAACAGACAGAAGGCCAAGGCCCAGGUGGUGUGCAGAGGGCAGAGGUGGGGAGGUGGUAAAGGUGGGGAUGGAAAGUGCACAGUACCUUGGACCAGGUCCCUCUUCUUUUGUGCCCUACUUUCCUCCUCCCCUAUGCCCAGCCCUCGGUGGUCACUGCCCUUCCCCCACCCCGUUGGUGUGAUUAUUUCAUCUGUUAGAUGUGGCUGUUUUGCGUAGCAUCGUGUGCCGCCCCUGCCCUGCCCCUUCCCAAUCCCUGUGUGCGCGCCCCCUCUGCGAUGUAUGCCCCUUACCCUCCCCCACAUUAAUAAUUUAUAUAUAUAAAUAUCUAUAUGAU